AAACGUCAACUUCAACUGUCAAAAAAUUCUCUAGAAGAUUUACGAUAGACCGUGUACGAAUAUCCCAAAAAAAUCCAAUUUAUUUAAUUAAUUCGAAAGAGUUUAAUCCACGAAAAUGGCCUUACACGUUCCCAAAGCUCCGGGCUUCUCCCAAAUGAUGAAAGAAGGCGCCAGGCACUAUUCUGGUUUGGAGGAAGCUGUUAUAAGGAACAUAAUAGCUUGUAAGGAAUUCGCACACUCUGUGAAAUCCGCUUACGGGCCGAACGGCAUGAACAAAUUGGUUAUCAACCACAUCGAGAAACAAUUCGUUACCAGUGAUGCUGCUACCAUAAUCAGAGAACUAGACGUCGAACACCCUGCCGCUAAACUAAUCAUUCUCGGCAGUCAAAUGCAAGAUUCCGAAGUGGGCGAUGGUACUAAUUUCGUGAUUAUACUAGCCGGAGCUUUGUUAGAGCAUUCCGAAGAAUUAAUCCGCUUAGGCGUUACCCCCACGGAAAUCGCCGAAGGCUUCGAGAAAGCCCUCGACAAAUGCAUGGAAAUCCUUCCGACGCUCGUAUGCUACAAGAUCAAGGAUUACCGGAACGUGGAAGAAGUUACAAAAGUCUUGAAAACUUCGAUACAAUCCAAGCAGUACGGAAACGAGGAUUUCAUAGCCGAUUUGAUCGCCAGAGCCUGCGUGUCCAUCAUGCCCGAGGAAACUACCUUCAAUGUCGACAACGUGAGAGUGUGCAAAGUUCUGGGCGCCGGUUUGUACAGCUCGCAAGUCGUACAAGGUAUGGUGUUCAAGAGGCAAGUCGAAGGGGAAAUCACCAAAGCAGAACAGGCUAAAGUGGCUGUAUACAGUUGCGCUGUGGAUAUUAUGCAAACGGAAACUAAAGGCACGGUUUUGAUCAAGACCGCCGACGAGCUCAUGAACUUCAGUCGAGGCGAAGAGAACCUGCUGGAGUUGCAGAUAAAGGCCAUCGCCGAUUCCGGAGCCAAAGUAAUCGUGGCCGGAGCCAAAUUCGGCGACAUGGCGAUGCAUUACCUGCACAAGUACGGCAUCAUGGCCGUACGAUUGAAUUCCAAAUUCGAUUUACGAAGGCUUUGCAAAACUAUUGGUGCCACUUGCCUGCCUCGUUUAACCGCCCCUACGAGCCAAGAACUUGGCUACGCUGACCUAGUUUCCGUGGAAGAAUUGGGAGACACUCCCAUCGUUUCAUUCAAAUUGGAGGGUAAAGAAUCUAAAAUAGCUACGAUCGUAGUUAGAGGAGCUACGGACAAUUACAUGGACGAUAUCGAGCGAGCUAUAGAUGAUGGAGUCAACACAUUUAAGGGUUUGUCUCGCGAUCCGAGAUUCUUGCCGGGCGCUGGCGCAACGGAGGCCGAACUGGCCGUACAGCUGAUCAAAUACGCCGACACUCUACCGGGGCUGGAGCAAUACGCCGUGAGGAAGUUCGCGAGCGCCCUGGAGAGCUUCCCCAAAGCUCUGGCUGAGAACAGCGGCCACAAAUCGACGGCGGUGCUGGAGAAAAUCCUGGACGCCCAUCAAAACGGUAACAAAAACGAAGGGGUCGAUAUCGAUUCGGAGAACGCGAUUUGCGACGCGCUGAGCAAGAAUAUUUUGGACUUGUACGCGGCGAAAUCUUGGGGCUUGAAAUACGCCGUCGGGGCGGCGGUGACGAUUUUGAGAGUCGACCAAAUUAUCAUGGCCAAACGGGCUGGGGGACCCAAGCCCAGGCAGGCUCCGGGAAGCGAUGAUGAAUCUUAAAUAGAACCAGUUGCUGUUCGUUAAAAUUUCACUUACUUUUGUAAUUCGGUCUCGUAUUAUCAUGUGUUAGCUAUAUUAAUUAUUACAGUUUCAUAAUAAAACGCCGGAUGUAUUUUUUAUUGAUAUUUUUAUGAAUUAAAUUUAACAACAAACGGUCGAUAAUACUUACCAUAUUAGGCAAAGUUGUUGAAUUUAUUUUUUGCCUUAACGUAGGUUAAUAAU